AUAACUCUUCUUCCUGCCGUCGAAAAAAAUACGCUUUCAUUUCUUGUAAUUUGGUUUCUGUUUUUUCACCUAAUGGAUCCGAUGAUCAAUUCUGUGGAGUACAAUGGCGUCGACGAGCAUGGUUGGAAGAAAGUAGUGUCCCGGAAGCGCGUUCGGAAGCAAAAACCGGAGGAUCAGGCGGCCAAUGGAAACCUAGCUAAUAACGAUAAAUCGAACUGUGCGGCGGCGAAUGAAAACCUAGAUUACAGCGAGGAGCAAGCUGGUGAUGUGGUGGAUGAAUCGAAUCUGAAGGCGGAGGAAGAAGAAAAACCGGAUUGGAAAUUGUCUCUUGCCAAAGCUGCGGCAAAGAUCGGUCCUUCAGAUCUUGCGGAUUUCCUCGACCGAGUACCGGACACGUAUCCGCUUGUGGCGAGUUUUCAGCUAGCGAGAUUUCUCGAUUACUAUGAGGUUGCACUUGCCGGAGUACCUUGUCCAUGGCGUCAGAUGCUCCAGGAGUCUGAUUUGCCCAACCUGUUCGAUGUGCUCCAUGUUCCGUUAUCUUAUAUUCCUGAACCUGUCUACAAAACAUCAAUCUAUUGGCUCGACCAACUAGUUCCAUCGACGGAGUUACGCUGUGACUUUGUCUUGUUGUCGUUUAAUUAUAUUCUCUGUGAUUUGUAUAUACAACGAGGAGGAGUUUUUCAUGAUGAAGCUAUGCAUCUAGGAUAUGCUAAACCAGGUGAUCCUUGCGUAUCUGAGGUGUCAAUAUUUGUUACAUUAGCAAUGCUUGUGCGUAGCGAUCCUCUUGUCUUGACUAGGGUUCUGCCCUCUCUGUGGGUCAAGCGAUAUUUUCAUGGACCUGGCCGGAUUCCGCUUACAAUUUGGUUGGUAGAUCAGGCCUCCCAAGAUAAUUUACCUGUAGGCUUGUAUUCAUGGGUGCAUAGCUUGUUACCACUAGUCCCUAGAAUUCCUGAGUCAACGGAUCCCAUCCUAAAGUUGGUUGAGAAAAUUCUGGCGAAACCAGACGCUCAAACCAUACUUGUAAAUGCUCCUGUUUGGGAUGGAAGGCGACUGAUUCCACCUCAUAUAUUUGAGGCCUUGCUGUGGCUUACAUUCCCUGUCACAUCCGAAAGAGAAGAGGCUACAAGUAGGUUUGAGGCAAUUUAUCCCUUGUUAAAGGAAGUGGCUCUUGCCAGUACAUCAGGAAACGAGGCAAUAAAACAGAUAUUCACUUUUUCUUUGAAAUUAUCUGGAGAAGAAGGGAAUCCAGCUUUAGUAAAGGAAGCUACCGCAAUCGCUAUCCGGUCUCUGACCGAAAUCGUUGAUUGCUGGAAGCACUGGGAAAGUAUCUACAAGGAGAAUCUGAAAGAGAGUCUCACUCUUCUUAAAAAGCUUCUAGGAAAAUGCAAGGACAGUACACUAGGAAGCAAGGCAAUGAUUCAACAGAUAUUCACUUUUUCUUUAAAAUUAGCUGGAGAAGGAAAUCCUGUUUUACCCCAGCAAGCUACAGCAAUUGCUAUCUGGUCUCUGACCAAAAUCUUUGAUUACUGGAAGCACUGGGACAAUCUCUAUGAGGAGAAUCUAAAAGCUUGUGUUGAUCUUCUUAAAAAGCUUGUAGAGAAGUGUGAAGCUCAUUUCCUCAAACUAUCACCAUCACCGAGUAAAUGUACUCUUACCGGUUCACCAGGAAGCAAGGCAAUGAAACAAGUCACUCAAAAGAUAUUCACUUUGUCUUUGAAAUUAGCUAAAGAAGUUACAGGAAAUCCUGUUUUAGCCAAGGAAGCUACAUCAAUCGCUAUCUGGUCUCUGACCGAAAACAUUAAUUGCUGGAAGCACUGGGAGAAUCUCUAUAAGGAGAAUCUAGAAGUUAGUGUUGCUCUUCUUAAAAAGCUUGUAGACGAAUGGAAGGGUCAUUCUCUCAAAUUAUUAUCACCACCGAGUGAUACGCUCACUCUCAGUCAAACUAUAAAGAGCUUCAUGCUAAAGAACAAAAAAGCCAUCACUGAGAGAGAAGCCAAAGCUUCUCUUUACAAAGAAGCUGACGAGUCCUGCAAAGUGAUAUCUGGAAGACUCCCUCGUGGAAGUAUCAGCCUCAAAGGUACAACCAUUACUGUUGUGGUUCUAGUUGCUACUGUGGUUCUAGCCGCUGGUGCACAUGGUUUAUCUUACAACCCGUAGGAGGCUACAGCCGAGCUCCACCUAUACGUCAAUGCAAACACCCCAGCUUUCAAGAACUAAGAGAGGAGAGAAAAAAAAAAGAAACUGAGGACGAUAAGUAGAGAGAGUUAACUCCUUAUUGUCGGUUGUAUCAAUGUAUGUUCGGUUUAUUUUGUUUUGAGUUUGAUAAGUCUGAUUAUGUUAGAAAAUACAAGCCGUAAGCAGGAAGAAUAUAAGAAAAGAACAUGCACAAAUCA